UUGAAUUUUGGCCCAUAAAGACUCGAUGCCAGACUCGAUAAAAAUGAGGCCCGAAAAAUGGCUCGAACGUCGGCCAGUCUCGCAAACCCCAACCCUAAUUAUUACCAAAAGUAAUAUUAAUAACCUCAAAUCAUAUAAAUUUCGGACCUCAAAAAUAUAUGUAAAUUUCGGAACAAUUUUGACGGGGGAUUUUAAAGUUUCUGAAAAAUUGCCUGAGAAUUCUUGGUAGAAUUCUUGGUAUUCCUGCUGUUAAAAAAAUUUUUUUCCUCUACUUUUGUUUUUUUCAGAAUGAUAUCCACUGCUUCUCCUUCCCCCUCUUCUGUUCCCAUCACUAAUUCUUCUGGGGAUUUGUCAAAUAAAACAACAAAUAUUGCAACUCCAAACAGCAAUAUUAAAAAUAGAAAAAAGCUGUUGCCAACAAACCAAGCAACAAAUGACAGAAAUGUUUUGAGCCAGUCAAGAACUGUUGAGGUAGUUUGUUUGUUCCUUGGGAGCGCCCAAAACGGCGCGCGGCCAUAG